AUGUACAUUUACUAUCAAGCUGUUGCUUCGUUCACGACAAGCAAGCCAAUCUUUCAUACAAGUAAUACGGACUCAGUAACAAGAAUAUCAUCUAAGUCUGUCGAAAACUCUACUGAUAAACCAAUGAAUUUUGAAGAUUCUACUCAAGAAUCAAUCGAAUCGUCAUCCGUAACCACCGACCAAUUGGGCCUACAACACAAACCUUCAUUUCACGUUGAAAGCUGGAGCCUAGAACCAUCAGCAUCUUCACCUGCGUCAACCUCUACGAAUGCUUUACAGCAAUUACCACCUCUUGUCAUGCAAAUUUCUAUCAAAAGUGAUAAUCGCUGUAUUUUUUGCGACACUCAGCGAAAAAUGAUAAAUCGUAAAUCAUUGAAAAUAAGCACUUCGCCUGUAUUAUCGAAACUAGUGGAAUCCAUGAAAAUUAUGGCAGUCGAGCUAGAAGAUGAUGAUUUAUUGUUGAAAUUAUCAAAAUCACCGUGCAAUAACUGUUCAGAAGAAAAACAAUUACCCCUGCAUCAAACUGCUUUUGAGGCUUUGUCCUCGUUUAUUGAGGAGGAAAUCAUUUCAAAAAAGGAAGUAUAUUUCCUUACGGAUUUGCUGUUACACUACAAAGCCUUACUUGUGAAAUACGGGAGCAAUACAAAUAUAAAGGGCUUCGAUUCUUAUACUUGCGAUAAUUUACAACGGAAAAUAAUGAGUUCGUUUGGUGAACGCAUCAUGAUUCAAAUUUUAGAUCUCCCGCAGGGAAAAAGAGUCGUAUUCAAUCCCGAAAUAACUUCGGCUGCUUUUGCUGCGAAAUCAGCAGUCGCUGAUGAUCGCGAGAGUACCCGAUUCAAAAACGUUGCUUUUGCUUUGUGCCACUCCGUGAAGUCUUCAACCGCUAGGAAAUUACCGAGGGACGUUACUGUAGAAAAUGUACUUGAAGGAGAAACCGAUAUUCCCGAGGAUUUAUUCCAGUUCAUAGCUGACUUGGUGUACGGUCCUGAUUGUCGUAGGCGAAACUGUUGUGACGAUGAAUUCAAAAUCAAAUCAAUCUGUAGUGAUUUGAUUUUUGUAAUCAACAAAGGCAAAGUAAGACCAUCAAAACAUCUCACACUUGGGUUGGCUUUGAAAUCAAUCACAAACUCAAAAAAGGUCUUGACAAUUUUAAAUCGAUAUGGUCACACAAUUUCGUACAACACGGCCGAGGAAAUAGAAACUGAAAUGACUUAUACUCACUUUGCGAAAAAUUCUCCUCCGGGUAUUCGCACAAUUGACGGUCUUUGCACUCACGUGGCAUUUGAUAAUUUUGAUCGUUAUGUAGAUACUUACGGCGGCAAGGACACUUUGCACGAUACGGUCGGAAUAAUUUAUCAAAUGGACAAUCCGAGAAUUAUCGCAACUCGACAAGAAGUUGAGCAAGUGCCUUUGCAACAAUCCUCUGACAGUGAAGAUGAUGCGCCAGUUUCUAGGAAAGGUAGAAAAUUCGAUAUAUUAGAUAACGAGAAUAGAAAUUAUUAUCCCAAACCAAAUUCUGCCAUUUCAUUGCUCCCUUUGCCAACAAUUUUGGAUUGUAUCGAUACUUGCAAAGAAUCGACAAAAAUUGCUUCUGAAAGAGAUCUGGUGUGA